AUGGGUGAUCAAGGUUCAGUUGUAUCAGUGUUUUUGGGUCUGAAGAAGUUGGAUGCACUGAAAAAUCUCAAUCUGCAAGGGAAUCCUAUUGUUGAAAAGGAUAAAUUAGCAAAGAAGGUUAAAAGAAUAUUGCCGAACCUGCACGUAUUCAAUGCAAGACCAAUAGAUAAAUACACCAAGAAUGAAAAGGGUGUUGGAGUUGAUGAAGUUGAUGAUUCUUCACUUAAUGCUGCUAACAAGCAAGAAAGUCAAACAGAAAAGCGAAAAGAUAGAGACUUAAAACAUCUUAUGAUGGCUGGAACUAAGGGUGGUAUUGUUAAGCCUGGAAACUCUAGUGAUUCUGAUACGAAGAAAUUGAAACCGAAAAAGCAGAAACCAGAUGGCAAUGUCUCAAACCACGAAGUUUUGGUCUAGGGGGAUGAAAAAAGUGAUCAUGUCAAGAAAAAGAGCUACAAACAUCA